UAGUCCGCUCCAGAGAUCGGGGUCUACAGCUCGCUGAGAGCUGAGCGUUUUGGGAUCGCCUUGUUUGCUCGCAUUUACUUUCAUUUUUGGUGCGGCUAUAAAAAGCGAAAGCAGAGCGCUGGAUUCGCUCAUAAAGACCGCAAAACUGCAAAAGUCCACUACGGAAUCGGUCGGAAACAAAAGGAUUAGCAUAAUGGUUAGACCCAUCUAUCUGGCGUUCGCUGCUCUGCUUAUUUUGGCCUGCUCAGUGAGUUCAGCUCCAUUGCCGGAAUCGGAAAACGAAACCAGAGAGACUGAAGUUAAGCUAGAUUUGGAAAAGGAGCAAGUGGAUAAUGAGGAGGAUGAUGUUCAAAAGGUUGAAAAGGAUUCCAGUGAGGAUGAUGAUGACGACGAUGACGAUGAGGAUGACGAUGAAGACGACGAUGAUGAUGAUGACUCUCUGAUUAGAAGACGUCGUGAUGCAGAGACCACCGAGGAACCUUCAGAGGAGACCGUCACCGAAACUCCAACCGAGGAGCAAAAGGUUGAGGUCACCACGGGAGCAGCCACCACAAGGAAACCUGUACUUGUUUUGAUUCGUGAUGCCCUGAAGAAGGUCACCACCGAUCUGCCCACCGCCCAGGUGGCCAACAAUGCCCUGCAGUAUUUCCAACAGUUCGAGCACUUCAUCCAACAGGCCAUCGAGGAGGUGAUCGGCGAUGACGAUGAUGAGGAGGAGACUCCAGCCACUGUGAUUCCGGAAACGGAAACCACAAGCGAGGAGAUCAAGAAGCCAGAGGUGGAGAGUCCUGAAAAGGCUCCGGAAGCCGAGAUCCCUGAAAAGGAAACACAGGCAAUGGAACCCGUGAAGUCCGAGGAGACCACCACUUCGACUUCUGCGCCAAUUAGCAAUGCUGUCUAGUCUAGAUAUCAAGUUCCACGAAUCAUUCCUCAGCUAUUUAUUGUCAUUUAUUUAUUGUUAGCUAUAAACAUUGACUAAUGUACUGAAAACAAAA